AUGACUUCCGCUCUCACCUCUGAAAUCCCCGGUGCGGACCCAGCAUGGCACAAGCAGGACGACCACCCAUUUUACAAGCCCAGCCACCACCGGCUUCAGCGAUUUGUUCGCGAAUACGUGGACAAGUACAUCGCACCCAAUGUCGAAGAGUGGGAGAAAGCUGGAGAAAUCCCUCUUCAGGCAUUCAAAAGACAUGCCUCGCUAGGGUUUCUUGCAGUAUCGGCUUUUCCCCUCCCAAAGGAUUAUCUUUCGGAUGUGAAUCUGCCAGCUGGUCUCAGCAUGGAUGAGUGGGAUGAAUUCCACGACGCCAUUAUCAUCGAUGAAAUGGCCCGCUGUGGAUACCUUGGGACAGUCUGGGGUAUCAACGGAGGUGCAGCCGUUGGUGGCCCGCCACUUCACCACUACGCAACACCAGAGCAGAAGAGGAAAUUUUUGGCCCCUCUCCUACGAGGCGAACAAAGACACUGUCUAGGUGUCACGGAGCCAGCAAUUGGAUCCGAUGUCGCUGGUCUUACCACGAUCGCAACGAAGUCGGCAGACGGAAGAUCCUGGAUUAUAAACGGGGAAAAGAAAUGGGUUACCCAAGGCCAGAAGGCAGAUGUUGGACUCAUUGCGGCUCGCACGGGACCGCCGACCGCGAAGGGGAUCUCGGUUUUCAUCGUCCCGUUAAACAGCAAGGGAAUUUCGAGGCGCAAGAUGGAGAAUUCGGGCGUGAGCUCUAGUGGGUCUACAUUCAUGGAAUUAGACGAUGUCGUCGUCCCAGCAGAGAACAUGCUCGGAAAAGAGAAUCAAGGCUUCGAAAUCAUCAUGUCAACAUUUGCCCACGAACGCCUCUGGGUAGGAAUAACCGCUCUCCGGCUAUCUCGAGUCGCAUACGAAGACGCCUACCGACACGCGCUGAAACGAAAGACAUUUGGCAAGCCCCUCUUCGAGAACCAAGUGAUCCGGCAGAAAUUUUCGAAAAUGGCGAAUCGGCUUGAACCGACUCAGGCCUAUAUGGAACAGCUAGUCUUCCGGUCUGUGCGGAUGCCGAGUUUGGAAUUCUCGCCGCUGGCCGCUAUGCUUAAGGUCCAGGCUGCGCAUCAUCUUGAGAAGGUUUCCAGGGAGACGCAGCAGGUUUUUGGCGGACUGGGGUAUUCUCGUGGUGGGCAGGGAUCGCGUGUGGAGCAGAUCAGUCGCGAUGUUAGAGUGCUUGUUGUUAGUGGUGGGAGUGAGGAGAUUUUGUUGGAUAUGAUUGCGAAGCAGCAGAAGCGGUUGGCCAACUUGUAG